GACUAUCGUUUCGGUGAGAUCUACAUAUUGCAGUCAUGAUUGAGAGUCCAGCAAAACGUUUUUGUAAAAUAAUCAAAUUAAUUCGAUUCUGUGUGGGAUUCUGUGGAACGGAUGUGGCCAAUCCCAAUUAUCGCAUGUGGUGGCUUACCUAUGCAGUGAUCUCGGCCAUUUUAUUCUUUUUUGCCUGUACCAUUUACACCCUGUAUGUGGGUGUGGUUGUCGAUGGGGACCCAACGGUUAUACUUCAGGCAUUUGCAAUGGUCGGCUCGGCCAUUCAGGGUCUAACGAAACUGCUCUGCACCACAAAUAAGGCCCCAUUGAUGAGGGACAUUCAGGGCACCUAUGAGAGUAUCUAUAAGGAGUAUGAGGUCAAGGGUGGCGAUUACACAAAAUGUUUGCAUAAACGCAUUAAUAUCUAUUGGAAUCUAAUGGUCGGUUUCAUGUGGGUCUAUACAAUCGGUGUCGUGGUAUUGGUCAGUUUUCCAUUCUUCUAUUUGAUUGUCUAUAAGAAAAAAAUGCUCGUCAUGCAAUUCCUAGUGCCGGGCAUCGAUCAUCACUCGGAUGGAGGACAUUUGAUGUUGGUCAGCCUUCAUGUGACAUGUCUGUGCUUUGGGGCUUUUGGUAAUUUUGGUGGCGAUAUGUAUUUUUUUCUUUACAUCAUCAAUGUGCCACUGCUAAAGGAUAUCUUCAAUGUCAAACUUAUGGAAUUCAAUGAGGUGGUUAUCCAGCGAACGGAUUAUGAUAAAAUGCAUGCCAUGUUGUGGGACCUUUUGUCCUGGCAUCAACAAUAUGUGAGAAUACUACGUGGCACAGAGAAAAUCUAUAAAAUUGUAAUGUUUGUUCAGCUAUCGACAACAUGUGUUGGCAUCUUGUGCACCAUAUUUUGCAUAUUCAUUAAAGUUUGGCCAGCGGCUCCAAUCUAUUUGAUCUACUCUUUCAUUGUUCUCUACACGUUUUGUGGCCUUGGAACUGUUGUUGAGACAUCGAACGAGGACUUCACCACAGAAAUCUAUACGAACUGUCUGUGGUAUGAGCUGCCCGUGAGGGAGGAGAAAUUGGUCAUUCUAAUGUUGGCCAAAUCCCAGAAUGAAUUGGCUCUUACCGCUGCGGAUGUUUUACCCUUGUCAAUGGCCACGGCUUUGCAGUUGACAAAAGGAAUUUAUAGUUUCAGCAUGAUGCUAAUCACAUAUCUGGGCUAUGAGAAGUCUGCAUAAGACAUCCAUUAAUCCAAAUGGAUGGCACUGGCUAAGU